GCAACAUUACCAAGCUAGCAUUGAAAUGUUGCCAUAAAAAAAUUGUUGUUAUUCUUUUCUUGUUAACAGCUGUCAAAAAGCUUCAAAAUGGUACAGCGACUUACGUUUAGGCGACGUUUGUCGUACAACACCAAGUCGAACCAAAGGAGAAUUGUACGAACUCCUGGUGGACGUCUUGUCUAUCAGUAUGUCAAGAAGCCCAAGAAGAUCCCAAGAUGUGGCCAGUGCAAAAGCAAACUCAGAGGUAUCCAGCCUGCCAGACCCGCAGAGCGCUCAAGACUUUGCUACCGCAAGAAGACCGUUAAGAGAGUGUAUGGUGGUGUACUCUGCCACAAGUGUGUUAAACAACGCAUUGUGAGAGCUUUCUUAAUUGAAGAACAAAAGAUUGUUAAGGUUCUUAAGGCACAACAAGCGACUGUUAAGUCUGGCAAGAAGGCCGCAAAAUGAACAUUAGGGUGUAAAUAAAAUUAUUAAAAAAC